GAGGUCAUGUACUUGACCGUGAUUCUUCUGGGCUCUUACUGGAGCGAGGGAUCCGGGUUCUCCUCCCGCGUCUGCGCAGAGCCGGCCGCCAGUUUGCCUCCGACGGGUCCGGGGACCUGGUCUGUCUCUCGUGGUGCAGGUAUUUCUGAAGUGCGGUACUGGUACUUUCGCUCGAGCGGACGACGGCGGCGGAGAGUAACUACGUGCUCGUUCCCAAACGCUGCGCUGGAGCACGAGCAGUGAGGGGCUCGCGCUGGACUUAGGCGCCGAGGUCUCCGCUCACGACUUUUGUUAUGGUCGCAGGUUAAGACGAGACCGGAGAAAUCCACAAGUUACCCGGCGACGACUCUUGCGUCGUGAGCCCGAUCGUUUCCCCCCCAAUCGUGAAAACCUGCCCCCCCCGCGUCGGGAGCACCUGGACGUGUGUGAUGAUGGUCUGAAGUGGCACCGGGGGUGUUUGCUCCCCGUGGCGCCGACGCCGGUGGGGCUCGCGGUUCAUUUUCUCCUUCGUCACAGGCAAAGUGUCUCGGAUGUAGUUUCCUCCGGCCAGUUUUACCCGAACUGUCUCCGCUCCGCGGCGGUAACAGCCGCCGCCGCCGCCGCCGCCGCCGCAGCAGCAGGUUAAUGUUAAGUCACUUCCUGCAGUUACAAUUUCCUCCUCCUCGGCUGCUGCCGCCGCCGCUGCGGGUCCGUCGACUGUCGGUGAUCAAUACCGAUCGAUAGCAUCGAUCCGCCGGGCUGCAGUGCGGGGCCGUUUCCCGGGGAUUUCGGAGGGAUUUCGCCGAGCGAGACUCAUGGCCACCGCAGAUACAAAGCUGGGAGGAUCCCCGGAGUCCAGUUUGCAGUCGGAGGAGUCGAAGCUGGGGUCAGAGGAGUCCAGGAUGAGGUCGACCGGCCCCGUGGGCUCCUGGGAGUCGGAGCUGGCCUCCAUCCAGCACUCCCUGAAGUUUGUGUUGAAGCUGAGGGAGGAGUUUGUUUGUCCCAUCUGCAGUGGAGUCGUGCUCAACCCCCAGCAGAACUCCUGUGGACACAUCUACUGCUUCCACUGCCUCCAAGGACUGCUGGAGAGUUCUUCACCGUCCAGCCCAGUUUGUCCAGUGGACGGAGCCGUGAUCACACCAGCUGAGGUUUUCCAGGACAACUGCUGCAAACGAGAGAUCUCCAGUUUAGAGGUGUUCUGCACCAACUCCCCGGCAUGUACCUCUGUCAUCACGUUACACCAACUGCAGGAGCACCUGAGGUCCUGUCAGCAUGAGCAGCUGCAGUGCACCAAUCCAGGCUGCAGGGCGGUGCUACAGAGGAGAUGCCUGCAGGAACACCUGACCAACACCUGUCUUCACCGGACGGAGCCCUGCCCACACUGCGGGCAACCGCACCGACUCAGCCUGAUCCAGGAUCACGUGCAGAGCACGUGUCCAGACGUGGAGGUGGACUGUCCCAGCAGCUGCUCGCAGAAGGUUCCCAGACACAAGCUGACGGAGCACAGAGAGUCGUGUCCUGAGGUUCACGUUUUCUGCUCUUAUAAGAAGUUCGGCUGCUCUGUCCAGGAUAAAAGAGGGAAAGUUAAACUGCACGAAGACGCCGGUGUCAACCAUCACAUGCUGCUGGUCCUGAGGAGCAACACCAACCUGGAACAACAGGUGGGGGUUCUCCAGGAGGAGGUGCUGCUGAGGCAGCAGGAGGCCCAGGCCGACGGCCUACUGCUCGCCGGCCUGCAGAAGAAAAUCCAGCCGCUGCUGCAACAGAGCAGCUGCCACGAACGCAGCGUCGCUACAGCUCAGAGGACUCUGAACAGGCAGGAGGACGUCCUGUCCACCGUCCAGCUGGAGGUCCAGCAGGUGUCCCGGGGACUCCCCGGUCUGGAGGAGCUGGAGCAGCUUAGAAAGUCUCUGGAUGCCGUGAUGCAGGAGGUGUCGGCGGUCGAGGCCCUCAGAGAACACCUGGGAACUUUGGAGGAGAAUCUGAAGCAUCAAUCCGGCCUCCUGGAUCUCCACGCCGCUCAGCUCAGUCGCAACAUGCAGCACCUGCAGGAGCUCGAGGCCACGUCCUAUGACGGCAAACUGAUCUGGAAGAUCCAGGACUUCAGGAAAAGGAGGGACGCCGAGGCCAAAGGUCAGCCGCUGUGCCUGAGCAGCAGGCCGUUCCACACUGGACGCUGCGGCUACAAGAUGGCCAUCAAAGCCUAUCUGAACGGGGACGGCGAGGGAAGAGGGACUCACCUGUCCCUUUAUGUGGUCCUGAUGCCGGGAGACUUCGACGCUCUGCUGCCGUGGCCUUUCAGACAGACCGUGUCUCUGUCUAUUCUGGAUCAAAGCGGUGCCGGCAACCACCGCAGUCUCAACUUUAGACCCGACCCAACAUCCAAAAGCUUCCAACAACCCGCCGCCGAUUCGGUGAGCAAUGUCGCUUCUGGAUUUUCAUGCUUCGUUCCUCUCGACAAGCUAGAGACUCCCCAGAAUGCUGCGUAUGUCAAAGACGACACGCUGUUCGUCAAAGUGAAGGUGGACAUGGCAGGUUUAGAGAACCUGUAAGAUUUCCUCCAUCUCAUGUAUCGUAAUUAAUCUCUUUGGCGUCAUCUGGUGGUCGACGCAGGAAUGACCCAGUGGUAGACAGCAAUGCAACACUGCAUUCGCUUUGUUUUUCUUGUUUUCCUUCAGAAUAUGUCGUCAGAAUAAUUUGAAAAAAAUUUAAACACACAUAAAACACUCUAAAUCCUAGUGACUAAAAGAGCAGUUCAAGAUAUUAGAAAAUACUGGUUUUUCUUGUCGGGAGUCAAAGUCUGUUAUAUAUGAAGCCUCGAUCUUGCUCUUGGAAGGACGUGGAUGUGGACUGCUGCGACCUUUCAAAGGGACGACCAACUGUGGACGCGCCCAUGCACGUGUACAUACUAGAAUCAGGGAUACGCAUAAGCAGACAAAUUCUCAUGCACACCAGGAAUCACGAUGGCAACCUCCUGGGGUCUUAACACCGUUAAACCGUGAAUUAUCAUCUACAGUUAAACAAGUGAGAAACAACACGUUGAUCAGUGAGCUGAAGAGGUGCUGGUGGGCGGACUAAGUUACCUGUGGACAGAGCCAGGUUUGUUUCAGUCUGUUUCCCCCUGUCUCCAGUGUUUGUGCCAAGCUAAGCUAACCAGCUGCUGGCUGUAGCCUCAGAGUUGCUGUAUAAACAUGAGAGUUGUACCAGUUUGAACCUCUAACUCAAGAACAAAGAGAAGAAGAGCAGUCGGCAAAACGUUGAACUUUUUUAUGUAAUGCUUCAGGAUCGCAUCAAGGAUCGUUUGGUGAAGCUCUGACUCAUAAAAUCU